UCUGCUCCCCCAUCAAAAGCUGAGCUCUCGCGUCUUCUUUCCCCCGUUGGGUUGGGAUCGGCGACGGUUAAUUCGCCGACGUCGCUUCCUUCGCCGCGAGCUGCCGGCUUCGCGGCGCCGCAGCAGCAGCGUCUACCUGCUGCCUGCUCGAUCCGUCGCCAAGCUGUCUUGUCGAGAGCUCACGUUAGGACGGGGCGGCUACGGAUGCCGGCCGCGGGGAGGCGGUCGCCGUGGGCGACGGGCGAGAGGCGCCCGCACUUCUUCAAGGUGCUCAUGGGCGACUUCAAGAAGCGCCUGAAGAUCCCGCCGGACUUCUGCAAGCACAUCCCCUGGGAGGCGUCGAGGAGGAAGGCCAGGGCCGUGAAGGAGGCGUCCAUGGCGGCGACCCUGGAGGGCCCCAGCGGGCGGACGUGGCUGGUGGUCAUCCGCCGGUCCGUCGAGGGCACCUUCUUCACAUCGGGCUGGCCCAAGUUCGUGCAGGACCAGGCGCUGCGGGAGCUCGAGUUCCUCGUCUUCCGGUACGACGGCGACACGCGCUUCACCGCCAUGGUGUUCGACACGUCGGCCUGCGAGCGGGAGGACCUGCUGCUGGGCGGCGGCGGCGGCGGCGACCCGCGCCGCGGCCGGCAGGGCAACAAGCGGGGCCGCGAGACGACGGGCGGCCCCUCGCGUGACGCCAAGCCCAAGCGCGCGCGCAAGGGUUCCGUCGGGAAGGAGCUCGUGCCGUACCGCGCGGCGACGGCAGGUGAUCGGCAGCUGCAGGUUGCAUGCUCCAACUGGACGCCGGAAUCGGGAGCUGGAGCGGUCAAGACCGAGAUCGAGGACGCCGACGAGCUGGCGCUGUGCGUGGUGAUCCCCGCGCCGCCGCUGCCGCCGUCGCCGCAGGACGAUGAUCCCGCGCCGGCGCGCCGCCGGGGCCCCCAUCAGCCACAGGACCACGGCGCGGAGCCGCGGCGCGCGGUGAAGACGCGGAGCAUCCACGAGGACCUGCAGGCGUCGGCGGCGCUCGCGGCUGACGCCGACAUCCCGGCGUCCGUCCGGCGCUACAAGGGGUACGUGUCCCGUCGGCGCCCCGUGACGGGUGCCGAGCGGCAGCUCGCCAUGGAGCUCGCGUACGCGUUCCGGUCGGCGCUGCCGUACUGCGUCAUCCGCAUGAGCACCAUGCACGUCUACUACUCCUUCAUGAUGAGGUUCCCGACGGGGUUCUCGCGGCAGCACCUGCCGCGGGAGCGCACGGACGUGGUGCUCCGGGACCCGGGGGGCAAGGCGUGGGUGGUGCUGUACAUCCCCAACACGAGGGACCGGCUGUCCCGCGGGUGGUGCGCCUUCGCGCGCGGGAACUGCCUGGAGGAAGGGGACUACUGCGUCUUCGAGCUCGUCGGCGCCGCCGAGUUCCGCGUCCACGUCUUCCGCGUCGUCGACCCGCCCGUGCCGGCGGUCAGGCUCCGGACCGCCGCAUCGGAUCCGAGCACAGCUGAUCUUGAUCUGACGAGCGCAUCGCACGUUUAGUCUGCAGCUGACGUGCGCGUCGGGAUCGUCAUGGCUCGUCAGAGGCGGAUCGACAUCGACAUGAGCAACGGAAGGUCAAGGUGCAAUUCAAAGAGGACAUCUUUUUACACAAGCUAUAGUGAAUGUACAUAAGGUUGCUGUCUCGAUCGCGGCCUCGUUUUUCUGCUGCUAGUUUCGUGUUGCUAGUCUCGGAUCUGGUUAUUGCAGAUGCCAACACUGCAACUUCCCUCA